AUGUCUAUCGAAAAGACCUGGUGGAAGGAAGCAGUUGUCUACCAGAUCUAUCCUGCUAGCUUCCUCGACAGCAAUGGUGAUGGCCUGGGCGAUGUUCCUGGCAUCAUCAGCAAGGUGCCUUACAUCAAGUCUCUGGGAGUAGACACAGUAUGGCUCUCGCCAAUAUACGCUUCGCCCCAAAAGGAUAUGGGCUAUGAUGUCGCAGAUUAUCGCUCCAUCCAUGCGCCCUAUGGCACCGUCGAGGAUGUCCAAGAUUUGAUCGACCAGCUUCAUUCGCAUAACAUGCGUAUCCUGAUGGAUCUCGUCGUCAACCACACGAGUGAUCAACAUGCCUGGUUCAGGGAGUCUCGGAAUUCCAAAACAAAUCCUAAACGGGACUGGUACAUAUGGCGCGAUCCCAGAUACGAUGCCGAGGGCAAUCGCAAGGAGCCCAACAAUUGGAAAUCGAUAUUUGGCGGCAGCGCAUGGGCUUUUGAUGAGCUCACAGGUCAAUACUAUCUGGCUCUGUUUUUGCCUGGUCAGCCUGAUCUCAACUGGGAAAAUUCAGAUAUGCGCAAAGCCACUCAUGACGACAUGCGCUUCUGGCUUGAUCGAGGCGUGGACGGAUUCCGCAUCGACAGCAUGAAUCUUAUGUCUAAGCACCCGGAUCUUCCGGAUGGGAGGGUUGUCACUGACGAGCCGUAUCAAUCUGGUGCCGAAUUCUUUGCCUCUGGUCCGAAAAUGCAUGAUUAUAUUCGUGAGAUCAGGUCCGAGGUCUUGGACAAAUAUGAUGUGAUGACUGUUGGAGAGCUUGGAUUUACUAAGGACGAGAAAUCUGUCAGCGAAUAUGUUGCCAAGGACCGACAUGAACUUAACAUGCUUUUUACUGGUGACAUUGUGGAUAUGGACUUUGGACCCAACGCAAAGUACGAGCGAGAUGACUUUCAUCCUCGGAAGAUCCGAAAGCUUACCAAUCUUUGGCAAAAUGCGAUGCCCAAGUUCGACGGGUGGAACACCAUCUAUCUCGACAAUCAUGACAGUGGUCGCUCAUUAUCUCGAUAUGCUUCUGAUGCCCCGGAGUAUCGGUCGACUGCAGCAAAGAUGUUGGCGACAUAUUUGAUGACUUUGAGUGGCACUCCAUUUUUGCUUGCGGGCCAGGAGAUCGGCAUGGCAAACCUUGGAAAAGACUAUGGUGCGGAUGCAUACAUUGAUGUGGAAGGCAAGAACUAUUACAACGAAGUCUUGAAGGCCAGAGGUGGCGAUGUUUCCAGGAUGGAAGAUGUUCUCCGCGAGUUGCAGCUCAAAUCGAGAGAUCACGGGCGGCUGCCCAUGCAAUGGGAUAGCUCUCCUAACGCUGGCUUUACCACCGAGAGUGCCAAUCCAUGGAUGACUAUAAACAAAGACUAUACCGAGUGGAACGUUGCUAGCCAACUCGAUAAUCCUGAUAGCAUCAUGGCAUACUGGAAGAAUAUGCUUGCACUGCGAAAGGAGCAUUCCGAUCUUUUUGUAUAUGGGUCUUACAAUGCCCUGGAGGAGUCACAAACGGGCGAAAUGAUUCUCGGGUACGAACGUGACUGCAAUCAAACGAAUCAAAAAGCCGUUAUUCUACUAAAUUUCUCUGAUGAGAUUCAGACGGUAUCUCUGGGGAUUUAUGAGGGAUUCUCAGUUUUAAUUUCAAACAAUGGUGGGAUUUGUCGUAUGGAGAAUCAAGCUGAGCUACAACCAUACGGUGCCGUGGUUCUUCUGCAAGGAUAG